CUCCUUCAUAUAAUCAAUGCAUCAUAUCAUUUGCAAUCCUUUCCAAUAUCAUCUAAACCUUCAUUUAACUAAUGCAAAAUGAUGAACAACCAAUCUCUCUUGUCUUUCUCACUAGCAUUGCUAGUUUCAUUUUUUUAUUGCACCACCACUUUAGCCCAAUUAUCACCAGCUGUUGCACCUGUAAAACCAGUUCAACCAGCCCCUACCCCACUAGCUGAGGCUCCUAAACAACCAUUGGUUCCCUCAUUGCCACAAUCACCAAGUGACUCAACACCCGACACUGCAGCACUUGAUAUUGUUGGAAUCCUGAGGAAGGCUAAGUCAUUCAACAUCCUAAUCCGCCUCAUGAAAACCACCCAAUUGAUCAACCAACUCAAUGCACAACUCCUCACUACUAAAUCUGGUGGCAUCACCAUUCUUGCACCCGAUGACAGUGCCUUCUCAGAACUCAAAGCAGGCUUCCUCAACUCUCUCUCUGAUGGACAAAAACUCGAGCUCUUACAGUUCCACGUUAUUUCAGACUAUGUAUCUAGCUCCAACUUUGAUACUCUUACAAAUCCUGUGAGAACACUUGCCGGAGCUAAACCUGGAAAGGUGGAACUGAAUGUGAUAAGCUACGGUGGAAGUGUGAACAUCUCAACAGGUGAGGUUAACACAACCAUCACUGGCAUUAUAUAUACGGAUAAGCAUCUUGCGAUUUACAAGGUGGGGAAGGUACUUCUUCCUAUGGACUUCUUUGCUGUGGCCAAGGCACCUGCAAAGGGACCCUCAUUGGCACCACAACCUUCAGCAAAGGCUCCUAAACCUGAUAAGGACCCAUUGUCUCCAGAUUCUUCAGAAUCAUCUCAGAUUAAUUCCACAAACGAAAACUCUAGCACUGUGAAAAUCAAUGUGCAUGGAAAGUGGGUGGCCCUUGUUCUUGGACUAGUUCUCAUGACUGUAUUCUCAUCAUAAACCAGAAGAGGAUUUGGCUGUUACUUACCAUGCACGCGGUUAAUAUUCAACACUCAACAGUACUAUCUAUGAUUAGGAGAAAGAAGUGAUUGCUAUAGUGGUGAAUUAUCUGAAAUUGUUGUAUCCCUCUGAACUUAUUCUAAGAGAUGCUCUGGCUGCUACGAUUCAGUAUUCGUUUCUUUGCACACUCAAUAUUUUGCAUGUUUCUGUAUUUUGAAGAAAAAAUUGGUUGAAACUUUGUCUCGAAUAUACUGAU